AUGGCAACUAUGACGGGAUCUUCAAUGGUGACAAGAACCGCGUGCUUCAAUUACCAAACAAGAUCAACAGACUCUAAACAGAAUUCCCCUCAUAUCACUUUCAAUAACAACCAAGCUUUUACUUAUGUUGGUUUAAGAUCUCUCAACAAGCUGAACGUGCGUACCGCACGAGCUACUUCUGGCUCUUCCAACACGAGUGCGAAAUCAAUGGGGAAAAUAGUGUGUGGAAUGAGGUUGGUGUUUGUUGGAGCUGAAGUUGGACCUUGGAGUAAAACUGGCGGACUUGGUGAUGUUCUAGGAGGACUCCCGCCUGUUUUAGCAGGAAAUGGACAUCGUGUUAUGACUGUGUCGCCGCGGUAUGAUCAGUACAAGGAUGCAUGGGAUACGAAUGUGCUGAUUGAGAUUAAAGUUGGAGACAAAAUUGAAACUGUGCGUUUCUUUCACUGUUACAAGAGAGGAGUUGAUCGUGUUUUUGUGGAUCAUCCACUUUUCCUUGAAAGGGUGUGGGGGAAGACCGGGUCAAAACUUUAUGGUCCUAAAACUGGAAUUGAUUAUAGAGAUAAUCAACUUAGAUUCAGCUUGUUGUGUCAGGCUGCACUAGAGGCACCAAGGGUUUUGAACUUAAACAGCAGCAAAUAUUUCUCAGGACCAUAUGGCGAAGAUGUAAUCUUCGUUGCCAAUGAUUGGCACUCUGCUCUUAUUCCAUGCUACUUGAAAUCAAUGUACAAGUCUAGAGGGCUUUACAAAAACGCAAAGGUAGCCUUUUGUAUUCAUAACAUAGCCUACCAGGGUAGAAACGCCUUUACGGACUUCCCUCUUCUCAAUUUACCUAAUGAGUUCCGAAGCUCUUUCGAUUUUAUUGACGGGUAUAAUAAGCCUGUGAAGGGAAGAAAAAUCAAUUGGAUGAAAGCUGGAAUAUUAGAAUCCGACCAAGUGUUCACUGUAAGUCCACACUAUGCCAAGGAACUUAUUUCCGGAGAAGACAGAGGUGUGGAAUUGGACAAUAUCAUUCGGUCAACUGGCAUCAUUGGUAUCGUGAAUGGAAUGGAUAAUCGAGAGUGGAGUCCAAAAACUGACAGAUACAUAGAUGUACAUUACGAUGAAACAACUGUCACCGAAGCAAAAUCUCUGUUGAAAGAAACUCUUCAAGCCGAGAUUGGGUUGCCAGUUGACAGCAGUAUCCCUUUGAUAGGGUUCAUUGGCAGGCUAGAAGAGCAGAAAGGUUCAGAUAUUCUUGUUGAAGCUAUCGCCAAGUUCAUUGAUGAAAAUGUUCAGAUAGUUGCUCUUGGAACCGGCAAAAAGAUCAUGGAAAAGCAAAUAGAGGUGCUGGAGGAAAAAUAUCCUGGCAGAGCAAUUGGGAUAACAAAAUUCAACAGCCCCUUGGCUCACAAAAUCAUUGCUGGAGCUGACUUUAUAGUGAUCCCAAGUAGAUUUGAGCCCUGUGGUCUAGUUCAGUUGCAUGCCAUGCCAUAUGGAACGGUGCCCAUAGUUUCCUCAACUGGUGGCCUUGUUGACACUGUGAAAGAAGGCUAUACAGGAUUCCAUGCCGGACCGUUCAAUGUAAUGUGUGAAGAUGUUGAUCCGGAUGAUGUAGAUAAGUUAGCAGCUACUGUAAAGAGAGCCCUGAAAACCUAUGGUACUCAAGCCAUGAAAGAGAUAAUCUUGAACUGCAUGGCCCAAAACUUCUCGUGGAAGAAACCAGCCAAACUGUGGGAGAAGGCACUGUUGAACCUAGAAGUCGCAGGCAACUUACCUGGAAUUGAUGGGGAUGAGAUUGCUCCUCUAGCAAAGGAAAAUGUGGCCACUCCUUGA